AUGGUGUCUGCUGAUCCUGCUGAUCUAAAGCGCCAAAGACAGGCAAAGAGCUCUUCUGUGGAGAGAAAGAAAGCAAAGCAAGUCAAGUCCAGCUACAGAGCACCUGCUCCCAAGCCAAAGGUUGUUUCUGAGUCUGAAGAGGAAGACGAAGACGAAGAAGAUGAGGAAGUGCAACUAGAUGCGGAAGUUGAGUCCAGUGAUGAUGAGUUGGAUCAACUUGAAAAUAAUAACGACAUGAGCGUUGAUGACGAGGAGUCCGGUGAGGAGGAACAAAUUGAAGACAAUGGUCUACCCAAGCAGUCUUCCAAAGAACAGCAUGCCGAGCAGAAGAAAGUGCUGAACGAGAGAAAGCUGCAGCGGAAAUCCGGAGUCGAGGUACAAAGAAUCAAACAGCUUUGGGAGAAACUGAGAGUUAAAACCCCACCCGUUCCAAAACAAGUGCGCGACAAACUCAGUGACGAGAUCUGGUCUCUGGCCAAGAAUGUGAUCACGGACCUGGUGAUGAAACAUGAUGCCUCUAGAGUGGUGCAAACUCUGGUGAAAUAUUCGAACAGAGAGAGAAGAGAUGCUGUUGUUGCCUCAUUGAAGGGCAAAUACUACGAAUUGGCCACCUCUUCGUACGGUAAGUACCUGCUGGUGAAGCUGUUGCAUUAUGGCUCCAAAGAAUCCAGAGAGCUGAUUCUCAACGAACUCCAUGGAAAGCUCAGAAAGCUCAUGAGACACAGAGAAGGUGCUUACGUGGUGGAGGAUCUGUAUGUUUUGUAUGCUACCAACAAGCAAAAACAGCAGAUGAUCCGCGAAUUUUGGGGUGCCGAGUACGCUGUGUUCAAAGACGCUGGUAAGGACAAAGACAUUGUCGCUACGUGCGAGGAGUCUGUCGAGAAGAGAAAUCUGAUUGCCAGUAAUCUGAUAUCCACGAUACAGGCAUCUGUGGAGAAAGGAUCCACCGGAUUCCAGAUUUUGCACGCUGCCAUGAGAGAGUACACCAAGAUCUUCAAAGACAAAGAAGUGACCGAGUUCAUCGAGCUAUUGCAUGAGCAGAUUGCCGAGCUGGUGCAUACGCCAGAAGGUUGCGAAGUCGCUUGUACAUUAAUUGCAAAGGCUAAUGCCAAAGAGAGAAAGUCAAUUGUCAGGUCCCUGAGAGACCAUGCCGAUAACCUUGCCACAAACGAGUUCGGUAACAUUGUCCUUAUCACACUGUUCAUGACUGUGGAUGACACUGUUCUUGUUUCCAAGACAUUUUCUGCAGUUUACGCCGAGAAAAUGCACGAAUUGGUGACACAAAAAUUUUCUAGAAGACCUUUCAUUUACAUCCUGAAUGGUCUUGAUCCUCAUUUUUUCUCUCCCACUGUGACCAAGGAGUUGGUGAAGUAUGAGCAGAUGUCACUUCAAACCUCCAAGAAACCCCAGGACCAGAGAAGAGCAGAGUUGUUGAAGCACUUUGCGCCCUCUUUCUUCACUGCUCUGAUUGAACAUCCAUAUGAAUCUCUGGGUGAAAACAUCGGAUCUCAGUUCAUGCAAGAGUUGCUGAUGAACUCGGUUGAAUCAGAUGACCUGAAGGAGAAGGCCAUCGACCAACUGAUUGAGUCUCUCAAAGGAGACAUCAAAGAAGAGACUCACUUGGUCAACAAGCCAUUUACACCAAGACUGCUCAGAAGUCUCAUUCAGGGUGGUCGCUGGGAUGCCAAACAGGGUAAGAUCGUUAAACUGGAAGGAGUCAGUGGAGUGGGCCACGUCUUCGCCGUGAAGCUCUACGAAGAGCUGUUUGCAGAAGAUGAAAAGAACCUUGAAAAAUGGGUCAAAUCUCCCGCAUCAUUCGUGAUAGUUUCUCUCUUCGAGUCGUUCGGUAAAUCCGAGAAGAAAUACACAAAACAGAUCAAGUCGUUGGCAAAAACCAUCGAAAUCGAGGCAGACUCCAAUAAAGGUUGCCAGCUUCUUUUGAAGUUGUUUUGA